AUGUCUCGACUGCCACCACUUGACGACUGCAAGCACGCAAGGAUUUCGUUCGAACCGUCUAACCAUGCAGAAACAGUAGGCUUCCACCGUCCACAAAAACAGCAACGAGCCACCGCGGCAGGCCUCCGUAAAGGUCAAUUCAUUGACGAAACUUCGUUCCCGGGCCCACUUGUCGUUCCUGGAGAUGAUCUUGCCGUUGAUCCUCGUUGGCGAGCACAAAGUCUACGGUCCUGGAAAGGCGAGAAAGACAGGAAUGCGGUAACGCCAGGGCGCAAAACAAUUUACGUUGCAGGUCCGCCCGCGAUUUCGGAUGAGAUGAGGCACAUGCGGAGUUGGGAUGUUCCUACCGGCGUUAAGACUGGAAACCAGAGUGAACUUCACACAGUACCGGACACACGAGAAGUCGCAGAGUAUCUGUCAGUGUUUUAUCACGGCAUGCCCGUCAAAAUGCUACAGCCACACCAAUCGCCGUUGCGCUACACAGUUUGGGAGGAUUCUCUGGAAAGUCAUCAUGGCCAGAGAAGCGCGCCGAAACACAAAGCUGUCGCUUUGGAGACAAGCACGGAAGCUGUUCGGAUUCGAUGUCGCCCAUGCCCUGAUGGAGGCUUUCCUUAUCAACUCAAUCUCAACGAUCUUCUGGACGUAGUAAUUUCCAUCCUGCCCCUUGAUGCGUACUGUCUUUUGCUCUUAGUCGGACAGGAUUUAUACGAGGAUGAGGAUGAUGAUUUCUGCUGUGGACGUGCUUACGGCGGUUCCAGGUGUGCCGUGGUCAGUUAUGCAAGAUACAACCCAACGUUAUUAGAAAGCCAAAUUACGAGAUUGGAUGUGAUGCACCCUUGGCCAGCAAGCCACUGCAUGGCUUACGUAGAAAGUCUUGCGAAGAGUGGUCAGCGAUGGGAGGGCCAGACGAAAUACUCACGGAAAGGGGACCACAAAGGGAAGAAGAAAACGAAGCCGGAAGUGAUCGACUUAACGUCAUCGCCACCCACUUCACCGGCAACAGUCGUUCAGGAGACCAAGUCAGCCUGCCACGCUGCCAUCCAUGCUUACACGGCCAAUGCAGAGAGCGUGUCGAGCUGGCUCGCAAGCAUCUGCCGGACGGCAUCGCAUGAACUGGGCCAUUGCCUCGGGCUCGAUCACUGUGUUUACUAUGCAUGUGCUAUGCAAGGGACGGCUUCCGUGGCCGAAGAUCUACGUCAGCCAUUGUAUCUAUGUCCCAUCGAUCUCGAGAAACUUGGGGCCUCGCUCGGCUCCGAGAGAUAUCAAUUCGUCCCUGAGUUGACCCUAAUCGCAACCUCACCUGCUUUCGACUCUUCAAUCGGUGGAGCCUCAGAUCUAGCGCUCGCGAUGGGGGAGUUGCUGCCAACAGACAAUAGGGGAGAAGCAGUGACCGCUCUGAAGGGGAGGAAGAGCCUGACGAGGUCGCUGUCUGCCGCCUUCAGGAAAUCAAGCAGAUCGCGUGCUCCACCUCCUGAUUUGGUACCUCAAAUACCCGCAGAGCUCAGGCCUACCACAGCUCCAACUUCCCCUCGGACUAUCACCGCCAAAUUUCAUCAUGCCACUGACGACAAAGACGACCAGAAGAGUGUCUCCGAAGGGGCCAUUGGAUUAGGCACAGCAAAGGCUUUCGAUGACGGGCACCAUCCGCAGGUAAAGAAAAAGAAGAGCAUCAGACAUUUAUCCUUGAGACAUGCAAAACAGAAUAGCUGGGCAAAGGGUGACGAUGCGCAAAGGCCAAGGACAGCAAGUGCGGGUCACCAGAACCCCUUGCCCAUGCAAGUGAAGACCGAUAAGCCUCAAUUGAAGCAGCCGAAGCCGAAGAAGAGCCUCCACUUAUCCACAGGCAACCCAUCGACAAAGGAGGCGCCUAACGCCGCGACUGUCGCUUCAAGUGUGAAGAGUAUAUCAGCCUCGCCCCAACUGUCGAGACCUGGGACGUCUGACUCAGGUCCCCUGUCCCCUCGGCUAGCAGGUACUGUUCGCAGUAGGGCCAACUCUUCGCCUCGGAACGGUCUGUCAAAGGUCAUGCCAGAACCAUUCAAUCUACCUGCUAGCACACCAAGACCAUGGCAGGCUUCUUAUAGCCCCAAGGAGGUCAGGUCAAGCUUUCGCUCUGCUUUAACGACUGCAACCAGUCGGACGACUGGAACGGGUACGAGCCGAAGCAGUGUUGUAACGAAAGAUACGGCACUUACAGAUGCCACGACUGAUGGUCCGGCUGAAUUAUCCUAUAAAGAUGACAGUGAAGGGGUCAUGACUGUAGAUGAAGCAAUCGAUAUGUAUGUGGCUGGCUUCACAGAUGAUGUUGAGGAAGAACCUCAAGAAUCGAGAGACACGUCUCUGAGCGAUGAAGAACGCAGAAGGUCAAUGAAGAUUGCCGAAGCCUUUCAGGAUAACAUGGGCUCGCCCAUGUCCGACAGACCCUCUUUCUCUACAAGGCCUUCAACGAGCGGCUCAUCGCGGUCUAGGUUCUUCAGAAGUAACAGCGCCAUCCAAUCUUCGCCAGCCUCGCCUCUCGACCAGAAGUCUCUUCGUGAUCAGUACGGCUUCUUCAAAUCAAAUCACUAUAUCAGUCGUGCCGCUUAUGAUGCCUGGUAUGCUGGGUAUGCGUCUCCCCAAGCUCAUCGAUUGGAGAAAUGGACAGAGUAUAUGAAAGAACAUAAACUAUCGACGACUAAUCCAACCAAAUUUCCGCCACGAUCUGCGAAAGCACAACGUUAUGUCCGAAAAGGUGUUCCUCCUGCAUUCAGAGGUGCUGCAUGGUUCUAUUAUGCUGGAGGGGACACAUACCUGUCCCGUCACCCACAGCUCUACAACAACCUCGUCCACCUCUCUGAUGCAAGGCUUCCAGAGAGUGAAAAGGAGGCCAUUGAACGUGACCUCCACCGUACAUUCCCAGAUAAUGUGGGGUUCAAACCUGAUCCGGCAGCUUCGCCGACUUGUGAUACGCCUCUGUUGGCUUCUCUCCGGCGAGUGCUCCAAGCUUUCGCCCUACAUAAUCCAAAAAUCGGAUAUUGUCAAUCACUGAAUUUUGUCGCUGGCUUGCUGCUUCUUUUCCUCCCGGAGGAGAAAUCCUUCUGGAUGCUUCACAUCAUUGCAGUACUCUAUCUUCCUGCAACGCAUGAGGUCUCCCUUGAAGGCGCGAAUGUCGAUCUGUGGGUUCUUGCUGUCGCCUUGAGAAACACCAUGCCUAGUGUAUGGACGAAGGUUGGCGGCGCAGAUCUGACUGGAGAGGAGGGCAGAAUGUCGAGAUUACCGCCAAUCAGUCUCUGUGCGACAAGUUGGUUUAUGAGCCUUUUCAUAGGCACGCUACCAAUCGAGACGGUCCUCAGAGUUUGGGACGUUCUUUUUUAUGAAGGUAGCAGAACCCUUUUCCGGGUUGCUCUCAAUAUUUUCAAAAUUGGCGAGCAGAAGAUCAAGAGCGUGAACGACCCCAUGGAGAUGUUUCAGAUCGUUCAGAGUCUGCCGCGAGGAAUGAUUGAUGCGGGAAAAUUCAUGGACCUGAUCUGUAGGAGAGGUCAGGUAGGUGCUGACUGGGUCGAGCGGAUGAGAGGAGAAAGAAGAAUGUGGCUUGCGAAGCAGCGAGCAAAGAACCCUGACCCUAUCACGGAAAAAUUCCCAGAUGAGGAGAUCGUGGAAGGUAGUGGUUUGCGACGGAAAAAGAGCGUUCUAGCAAACCUUAGGCGCCAGGGAAUUUUGUAA